AUGAAUGAGAACUGGGCUAAAUGCUACGGACCAAGGUUCAUCACCGAUGAAUCCGGCCGGACUCGGUUAAUAACACGCAUGUGUUCGACUCUAGGGGCUCCACCGGUCAUGGUUGCAGAAAUGACACCGACCACGAGCGCACCGAAUUUUGUCGCUUGUAUCAUGAAUGCUGGGUAUCACGUUGAGCUCGCAACCGCAGGGUCUCCAGCAGGCCAUGAAGAGCUUGUUGCAUCGAUGCCAAAAGCUCGAGGCAUCACUUGCAACGUGAUCUAUGCCAACCCGAGAGCUAUUUCGUGGCAAAUCCCUCUCCUUCGCCGGCUUCAAGCAGAGGGGUAUCCCAUUGGAGGACUCUGCAUUGGUGCCGGUGUCUUAAGCCCGAGGGCCGGUGGCCAUCAUUCUUACGACGACCUACAUGAGCCUCUCGUCAAGACUUAUGGGUCUAUCCGAAAGUAUACCAACGUCGCACUGAUCAUCGGCAGUGGCUUCGGCGAUGGUCAAGGUAUGAUGAUAUAUCUGACUGGCGAAUGUGCUGAGACCUGGGGCUACCCUCGAAUGCCUGUGGAUGAAGUCUUGCUUGGUAGUCGCAUGAUGGUUGCUAAAGAGGCCCACACGUCCAACGCUGUCAAGGCUUUGAUUGCUCAAAUGCAAGGGGUGACUGACGUAGAAUGGCACAAAACAUAUUCAGGACCGGCUGGUGGUAUGAUCACCGUAAGAUCUUUGUUCAAUGUCAAGGACGGGGAGCAAUAUAUGCAAAUAUUGAAGAAAUGCCGCACCAAGAUCAUCUCUCGACUGAAUAGCGAUUACGCUAAGCCGUGGUUCGCAGUCAACAGUCUAGGAAGUACUGUCCAGCUGAAGGAUAUGACAUACGCGGAGUGCCUGCAACGGGUUAUUGCCUUGAUGUAUAUGCACCCGCAAAAGCGAUGGGUUCAUGGAUCCUAUCGAGCGUUCUUUGUGGACUUGAUGGAUCGAAUCCGGGAGCGGUUCAACGUGGUAGACGAGCACUGUCUGGACGGCUCCUUAAACCCGUCUGACUUUCCAGAGAAGCUCUUCACCGUCUGUCCUGCCAUGAUAACUGACAUUCUCUACCCGGAAGAUGUCGCCUUCUUCAUGAGCCUGUUCAAGCGACGGGGCCAGAAGCCUGUCAACUUCAUACCUGUACUUGAUGCAAACUUCGAGACCUGGUUCAAGAAAGACUCUCUGUGGCAAAUGAAGAAAUUGGAAUCUGUCAUUGACCAGGACCCAGAGCGAGUCCGUAUUAUUCAUGGUCCAGUGGUGGCUCGACUUUCGACCGCUGUCGACGAGUCUGCAGCCGAUAUUCUGAACAGGAUUCAUGAUGAAAUUGUGGACGCAAUGAGACCCAUAGUCUCGAUUAGUUGCAAUUUCGAGCUUGAUGGAGAGAGUUCUCAUCUAGACAUUCCGGGCAGUGGCCUCUCGACUCGGUUGGACUUUGCUGACAUAUCGAGUCAUGCAACAGAGCUGGGAAUCCAAGUAGACUAUCAUUUCACGAAACCACUGCCCAAUGGCGGGAGCCGUUUGCUUCUGGAUGUACUUGGUAUUGGUAGAUCAUUGGCUGAGCGCCUGCUUCAAUGA